AUGCUAACGACACGCCGUGCCUUCGCAGCGCUCCUCGCCCUGAUCGCUGGACUCGCCUGGAAGCAGCCCGGUGUUACGCGAGCAGCGAGCGAUUCAGACCAUGCGGCGGCGGAUCGCACCACACUGACGAGGACGCUCUCCCGACGAGAUCGUGAGCUGGAAGAGCUCGAGGCGCGGAUCGCUAUGCUGAAGGCGCGGUACGCUGAUAGAUUGGCCACGCUCAAGGCAGCCAAAACGACACCUGGAAACCGAAACACAAGCUUUCCGGGGGACUCCGGUCUGCUCGCUCGUGAAGUCGUCGCUGCUGCUGCGUUGGUGAUGCUCGCCGCGGCAGCCGCAUUCUGGCCAGCUACAGACGAUGCACGGCUGCAGCGGUGGACCCUUACCAUCAAAAAUCCCGCGCUCGAGGCACGCUUCACUGGUGAUGCGUUCCGCUCCGCCUACUCGCCUCUCGUUGUCUUCCUGGUGGUCUGGUCCGCGUUGUAUACAGCCCUUGCCGUGGGAUUCCCGGCCAUCCGAGAAGCCGGGAUGGCGACCGCUCUCGCCGGAGUCGUGUUGGCCGUCGCUCGCCGGAGGACGGGCCGCAUGGCGGACCAGCAGCGGGCGCGCGCGCUGUUUGGCCUCGCGCUCAAUGCCACGGCGGUUGUGGGCUGGGCCGCGCUGCUGCUCCUCUUCCGGCUCCACCCGCCCGAGCCGAGGCACCCCGGCCUGGUGGUGGUGGUUGCGCUGAUGCGGUGCCUCGUCUCUCUCUACCUGCGCCACUCGGCCAUCCCGUGGCAGUCGCGCGCCGCAUACGCCGCAACCAACGCGAGACGCGGGCAGAGCGGGCAGAGCUGUGACGGCCCGCACGCUGAGAGCCGUCGAGGUUCGGUGUGCAGGCGAUCGGGAGCGCCGUGCUGCCGCAGCUGUCUGUGCUCGGCCGGCCAGCGGAGCCUCUCCUGCUGGGCGGAGCACUACUGCUCGGCGAGGCGGCAGGCUACCUCCUCGAGCGGCGCAUGCGACUCGCCUUCCUCGAGCGAGCCGCCGCCGCCGGGCAGUUGCUCGCCCCCGCUGCGCCGCCGCCGCUCGAGCCGUGGACGCUCCAGUUCGUCGACCGGGACAUGGAGGCGCAGUACACGUCCAAGGCCUUCCGCUCUGCCUUUUUGCCGUUCCUGGUCUUCCUCGGCAUGUGUGCCGCGUUCGACUUGGCCCUCUCCUGCGUCCUCCAGAACGACUUCUUGCUCGACGAGCUCUGCGGCGAGCUCGUCUGGCUCGCAUCCUUGGCGGGUGCGCGCUGGCGGGCAGACCGCAUGCACGACCAGCAGCGCGCCCGUUUGCUCUUUGGUCGCACGCUGGUCGGCCUGACGGUGGUGCUGGUCGCCGCCAUGCUCCUCCUCCACCCGCCCACGGGCAGCAUCUACCCGCUCCACUUCUUCGUCUUUAACGAGGCGCUGCUCCUGCUGCUGUCCGUCGUCUACCUGCGCUACUCGGCCAUCUUGGACGCGCACCGCUUCGCGUGGAUCGCAGUCGUCGUGGCUGGCUUCACCUUGUCGCCGCCCGUCACGGAGAUCGGCCACCCGGGCGAGCCUCUGCUGAUCGGAGGCGCGCUGAUGCUCGGCGAGGCGCUCGGCUACCUGAUGGAGCAGCACGUCCGCUUCGCGUUUCUGGAUCGAGAU